AUGUUUCACGAAGAGAAAAAGGUAGUGGAUGGCAUUAAUACCGACGAAACGCCAGUUUCUACCGGUAGUGUUGAGGAAAGCCGUGAGAUCCUACUACAGAAUGGCGAUGGUCUGAAACGACAACUGAAGCCUCGGCAUAUACAAAUGAUUGCAAUUGGAGGUGUUAUUGGUACUGGUCUGUUCUUAGGCACCGCAAGCGAUUUGGAAAAUGGUGGCCCAGCAGGUCUGCUUAUCAGCUACUGUGUUAUGGCAUCCUUGUUAUACUCGGUCAUGAUUGCAUUGGGUGAGAUGGUAUCCCAGUUUCCGAUGCCCGGUGGGCAAUUCGCUCUCGCCGGUCGAUUUGUUUCUCCUGAGCUUGGUUUUGCAAUGGGUGUCUUGUAUUGGUAUAAUUAUAUUAUCGUUCUUCCCGCCGAGAUCUCAGCUGCGGCUGUACUUAUCACAUAUUGGACGCCCGCUGGGCAGGCUGACUCAACUUGUACUACGGGAAUCUGCAAUAAUGCAAUGUGGGUCGGCUUGAUGCUCAUUGUAGUGUGGGCAAUCAAUUUUGCGGGCACGCGUGUUUUUGGUGAGAUGGAAUUUUGGUUCUGUUCUAUCAAAGUUAUCACCAUCAUUGGCCUCAUUAUCACUGGCGUUAUUAUCAGUGCAGGAGGUGGUCCUAAUCACACUGCGAUCGGGUUCAAAUACUGGAGUGAAACUGGAGGAUUUGUUCAAUAUUCAGGGAUUGCUGGUGCCAAGGGCCGCUUUCUUGGAUUCUUCAGCGUUCUUAUUGACGCCGCAUUUGCAUUCAUUGGUACCGAAAUCACUGCCAUUGCAGCUGCCGAAACUGCCAGUCCACGAAAGAAUGUACCCCGUGCCAUUAAGAGUGUCUGGAUCAGGCUUGUCUUGUUCUACGUUUGCAGUGCUUUCCUUAUCGGUCUUCUUGUCUCUCCAUCGGAUCCCUCUCUCAACAUUAGUUCCACUGCAGCCAAGAGUCCUUUUGUUAUUGCAAUCAAGAAUGCGGGAAUACCUGUUUUACCAUCAAUAAUCAACGCCGCCCUUCUAACUAGUGCGUGGUCAGCCGGAUGUGCUGAUCUCUUCGUUUCAUCACGGACUCUUUACGGGCUUGCUGCUCGAGGGCAUGCACCAAAGAUCUUCUUGAAAACCAGGAAGUCUGAUGGCAUGCCAUGGCUAAGCGUUAUUUUCUGUGGAGCCUUCUCGCUACUCUCGUUCAUGGCCGCCUCCAAAGGCGAGGCAGGGACGGUUUUCGGUUACUUUUCGAACAUGACGGCUAUGUGCGGAAUGAUCUCUUGGACCGGAAUUUUGUGGACAAGUAUCCGAUGGCACAAGGGCCUUAAAGCUAACGGCAUCGAUCGAAAGACGCUAUCCUACCAAGCCCCAUUCCAGCCGUAUCUCUCAUACUAUGGCAUGUUUGUCUGUAUUAUGGUGAUUAUUUUUGGUGGAUUCGGCACCUUCAUCCACAAGUUUAAUGCCUCUGCUUUUGUCACAACCUAUUUCCCUAUUCCUCUCUUUGCGGUCCUUUUCUUCGGAUACAAGACCUGGAACAAAUCGAAGAUAGUCAACUAUGCAGACAUGGACUUUGUCACUGGGUCAUCAGAGGAUAUUCCCGAGGAGCCGACCUCACAGAGUAAAUGGAAAAAAAUCAUGGCAAGGGUUUAAUUAUUUGCAAGACUACAUGUAGAUCUAGAACAUGUUCAAUCUUGUACUGGAUUUAGUUGAGUG